GAGAAACAGAAGCCCAGCCUCACAGUCCGUCCCUGGACCCCGCGGUAGCAGGACUGCGAAGGGGUUGAUUUGUGGGGUGGGAGUCGCUGGCCCAUUGCGGUGCUUGGGACUCAUUAAACUGUCACUCACCCCCCACCCCACCGGGUAAAUGGGGUGAUUAAUGUCUGAUACGUUGGAAUGGGGCGAGGGCAUUUGUGGAGAAUAGGUUGUGUGGCUGGGAAGGAAUGUGGCUCCCGAAGAGUGCCUCCCGCAAUAGGCGUUCGUCAUCCUGUCAUUCACCGCGAAGUUAGAGAAAGUUCGGUCUGUGACUUUGGCAGAGCGAGGGAGACUGGACGGAGACGCCGGUGUUUGUUACUGGUUAACUGUGCCGCGGUGUUCGGUCCGCUUUUUUUCCACCGAUGUAACAGACCUGGAGCCAGCGAGACCCAGAGGAAAGGACUUAAUCAGGUUUAUGUGUCCUAAAGGUUAUGAAGACAGUAUGGAGUUUCCAGACCACAGUAGACAUUUGCUGCAGUGUCUGAGCGAGCAGAGGCAUCAGGGCUUCCUUUGUGACUGCACUGUUCUGGUGGGAGAUGCCCAGUUCCGCGCGCACCGAGCUGUACUGGCUUCAUGCAGCAUGUAUUUCCACCUCUUUUACAAGGACCAGCUGGACAAAAGAGACAUUGUUCAUCUGAACAGCGACAUUGUUACAGCCCCGGCUUUCGCUCUCCUGCUUGAAUUCAUGUAUGAAGGGAAACUCCAGUUCAAAGACUUGCCCAUUGAAGACGUGCUAGCAGCUGCCAGUUAUCUCCACAUGUAUGACAUUGUCAAAGUGUGCAAAAAGAAGCUGAAAGAGAAAGCCACCACGGAGGCAGACAGCACCAAGAAGGAGGAAGAUGCCUCCAGUUGCUCGGACAAAGUUGAGAGCCUCUCGGACGGCAGCAGCCACAUGGCCGGCGAUCUGCCCAGCGACGAGGACGAGGGCGAAGACGAAAAACUGAACCUCCUGCCCAGCAAAAGGGACUUGGCGGCCGAGCCCGGGAACAUGUGGAUGCGCUUGCCCUCCGACUCGGCAGGCAUCCCCCCGGCAGGCGGGGAGGCCGAGCCACACGCCACAGCAGCUGGAAAAACAGUCGCCAGCCCCUGCAGCUCCACAGAGUCUUUGUCCCAGAGGUCUGUCACCUCCGUGAGGGAUUCGGCAGAUGUUGACUGUGUGCUGGACCUGUCUGUCAAGUCCAGCCUUUCGGGAGUUGAAAAUCUGAACAGCUCUUAUUUCUCUUCACAGGACGUGCUGAGAAGCAACCUGGUGCAGGUGAAGGUGGAGAAAGAGGCUUCCUGUGAGGAGAGCGAGGUUGGCACUAAUGACUAUGACAUGGAACAUAGCGCUGUGAAAGAGAGUGUGAGCACUAACGCCAGGGUACAGUAUGAGCCGGCCCACCUGGCUCCGCUGAGGGAGGACUCGGUCUUGAGGGAGCUCGAGCGCGACGACAAAGCCAGCGACGACGAGAUGAUGACCCCGGACGCUGAGCGCGGCCCGGUGGAGGGCGGCAUGGAGAGCAGCCUGCUGCCCUACGUGUCCAACAUCCUGAGCCCGGCCGGCCAGAUCUUCAUGUGCCCGCUGUGCAACAAGGUCUUCCCCAGCCCACACAUCCUGCAGAUCCACCUGAGCACGCACUUCCGCGAGCAGGACGGGCUACGCAGCAAGCCGGCCGCCGACGUCAACGUGCCCACCUGCUCGCUGUGUGGCAAGACUUUCUCGUGCAUGUACACGCUCAAGCGCCACGAGAGGACUCACUCGGGCGAGAAGCCCUACACGUGCACGCAGUGCGGCAAGAGCUUCCAGUACUCGCACAACCUGAGCCGCCACGCCGUGGUGCACACGCGCGAGAAGCCGCACGCCUGCAAGUGGUGCGAGCGCAGGUUCACGCAGUCCGGGGACCUGUACAGACACAUCCGCAAGUUCCACUGUGAGUUGGUGAACUCCUUGUCUGUCAAAAGCGAAGCCCUGAGCUUGCCCACUGUCAGAGACUGGACCUUAGAAGAUAGCUCUCAAGAACUCUGGAAAUAAUUUUAUAUAUAUAUAAAUAAUAUAUAUAUAUACAUAUAUAUACAUAGAUCUCUAUCUAGUUGUGGUACGGUCUAAAAGCAGCCUUGUUUCCUGGAACUAAAACGUCGGGGUGUUAACUCGGUUUUGCACUUUAGAGUAGCAUGAGACUCUCACUAAUUUAGCAUUCUGGUAAAAGAGACUUUCGAGCAAGUCGGAGACUAGAGAGGGCUUUUUCUUUCGAGGGGGUAGGGGAAGGAAGCCAAUAAGAACCUUGGAAACAACUCGUCCUAUCACAAGAUGCUUUCACAGGGCUUAAUUUUGUCGACACUGCAUUGUCUUCUGAGCGCUCUCUCUCUCUCUCUCUCUCUCUCUCUCUUUUUCCACUUUGUUUUGGUUUUGUGUUUUUGUUUUGUUUUGGUUUUGUUUGGGUUUUUGUUUUUUCCUUUUCAGAGUAGAAAUUCCCUCCAGUUUUCUUAGCCUCUUUAUAUGUCACAAAUUGCAUGAAUCUUUUCUGGCUGUUGGAAACCUGAAUGCUUUUAGACCCAAAUGGAAAAUUUCUGAAAUGCUGGAUUAUCUAUUUUUAAACAAGCAGUUGACUUAAAACUUUCUGUGGCAACUUCUGGUUUUCUGACGGUUCCCAAUGAGAGAAAUUCUGAAAGUACACUGGGAUCACUGGGACGCUGUCUUUGUGAAGGUUUGCUUGGGAUGAAAAAGGAUAUUGCAGCUUCAGCAGUGUUGAACUGUGUGUUGAAAAAUGUGAAUUACUGUUCUUGUAUACUGUAACUGAUUACACGGGCUGGGGGGGGUGUCAAAGAACUUGACAGGUUGUGUUGAUGCUCUUAGUUGAGUCUUGAAAAGUAAAUAUUAACGCUACAGAAAUGCAUGAGUUUCAAUAUAUUUUUUGUCUUUGUUUGCAUUGUAUAA